AUGGGACUCAAGGAGCCUCUCCUUCGCGGCAUCUACGGUUUCGGUUUCGAGAAGCCCUCGGCCAUUCAGCAGCGUGCGAUCGGCCAAGUGAUCAAGGGUCGCGAUGUCAUCGCUCAGGCCCAGUCGGGCACGGGUAAGACGGCCACGUUCUCGAUCAGCGCUCUCCAGCGCAUCGACACCACCUCCAAGGAGCCGCAGGCCCUCAUCCUGUCGCCCACCCGCGAGUUGGCCUCCCAGAUCCAGAAGGUCGUCUACUCGCUCGGCAGCUUCAUGAAUGUCAAGUGCCACGUCUGCAUCGGCGGCACUAACAUCGGCGAGGACACCCGCAAGCUCGAGGCUGGCGCCCAGAUUGUGAGCGGCACCCCCGGUCGCGUCUUCGACAUGAUCCGCAGGCGCAGCUUGCGCACGAGGAGCAUCAAGAUGCUCAUCCUCGACGAAGCUGACGAGAUGCUGAGCCGAGGCUUCAAGGAACAGAUCUACGACGUCUACCGGCAUCUGCCUCCUGCCACUCAGGUCGUGCUGGUUUCGGCCACUCUGCCGCACGAGGUGCUGGAGAUGACGACCAAAUUCAUGAACGAUCCGAUCAGAAUUCUGGUCAAGCGCGAUGAAUUGACGCUCGAGGGCAUCAAGCAGUUCUUCGUGGCCGUGGAGAAGGAGGAAUGGAAGUUCGAGACCCUGUGUGAUCUCUACGACACCCUCACGAUCACGCAAGCCGUCAUCUUCUGUAACACGAGGAGGAAGGUCGAUUGGCUGACGGAGAAGAUGCGCAAGGUGAACUUCACCGUCGUCGCCAUGCACGGCGCGAUGGAACAGAGCGAGCGCGACGAAAUCAUGACUCAAUUCCGAGCUGGCGAUGCGCGUGUGCUCAUCACGACGGACAUCUGGGCGCGAGGUAUCGACGUGUCGCAGGUCUCGCUCGUCAUCAACUACGAUCUCCCCAACGAUCGUGAGCUGUACCUCCACAGGAUCGGCCGCAGCGGUCGUUUCGGACGCAAGGGCGUGGCCAUCAACUUUGUAAAGAACGACGACAUCCGUAUCCUCCGCGACAUCGAGCAGUUCUACUCGACGCAGAUCGACGAGAUGCCCAUGAACGUGGCCGAGCUCAUCUAA